CCUACUUUAAUGCUAGCUAAGAUGGUGGUUUGAGCGUAAAUUGUCUCCACUAUACCAAGAAAAGAAAGGGGCGAAACAUCUCUAUAGCCUUUUAAUCACAACAGAACAACAUAACUACGGUUAUCUUAAGUGACCGGUUAUAGGAAUUUUGACAUUUCAGACACAUAGGCUAGCAGUCCCCGCCCAAUUUGGUGUGACUCCCUUUGGAGAGGAAUCCUAAGCUAAAUACGGACAGGCCUUGUGCUCUGUGACCAGCUUCGACGCUCACCAUCGCCGUGCCAUAGGAUGUCCCACAGCCCUGAGAUGAAGGACGACCCCAUGGAGUGCCCUCUGUGUUUGGAGCCGCUGGAGAUUGAUGACGUCAACUUCUUCCCCUGCACCUGCGGCUAUCAGAUCUGCCGCUUCUGUUGGCAUCGCAUUCGCACAGACGAGAAUGGCCUCUGCCCCGCCUGCAGAAAGCCUUACCCAGAGGACCCCGCUGUGUACAAGCCCCUGUCACAGGAGGAGAUCCAAAGGAUAAAGAACGAAAAGAAGCAGAAACAGAACGAGAAGAAGCAGAAGGUGACAGAAAACCGAAAGCACCUGGCAAGUGUCCGAGUGGUGCAGAGAAACCUGGUGUUCGUGGUCGGGCUCUCGCAGCGACUCGCCGACCCAGAGGUCCUAAAACGACCAGAGUAUUUUGGGAGGUUUGGGAAAAUCCAUAAAGUGGUCAUCAACAAUAGCACAUCAUACGCAGGGUCACAGGGGCCGAGUGCCAGCGCUUAUGUCACUUACAUCCGCUCUGAAGACGCGUUAAGAGCAAUACAGUGUGUAAACAACGUGGUCGUUGAUGGGAGAACACUCAAGGCUUCUUUAGGCACAACAAAGUACUGCAGUUACUUUCUUAAAAGUAUGCAGUGUCCAAAACCUGAUUGUAUGUAUCUACAUGAGCUGGGGGAUGAAGCAGCUAGCUUUACAAAAGAGGAAAUGCAGGCGGGAAAACAUCAAGAGUAUGAGCAGAAACUCCUCCAAGACCUCUAUAAAAUUAACCCUAGCUUUCUACAACCUCCAGCAUGUGGAGCCGAGAAGUCAAAGAGCAAAUCCAACUCCACACAGAGAAGCAACGGUAAAGAUGGCUGGCCGACGCUGUCAGGACACAGCAAACUGUCCAAUGGGAUUUCAGAGGACCGCAAGUCUCCUCCGCUGCUAGACUUUCUAGACCAAGAAGGCAUCACUUCAGACGGGCUAGACACAGACAUGGGUUCUGCUCAGUGUUCUGCGCUGUCCCCCUUCUCCUCCAACUGCGACAGUAACAGUCCCAGUGAUAAACCAGAGUCGAUCGGUAUGAUGAACGGAGAAACUUUCCAACAGAUGGCCUGCAGUGACUCCCCCUCUCCCCCCCCGGGUCUAUCAAAGCCCAGCCUGGUAGUGCCCAUCAGCAUGUCAGACCUCAGCGCGCGCUCACCCUUCGAGGGAGCGGCAGCCGAGUCCCAGUCGCUCUUUUCAGACAACAGCAACUUCAGACAUCCUAACCCUCUCCCCGCCGGCCUCCCCCCCUUCCCCAGCUCCCCCCGCUGCAACUCGGACUGGCCCAUGACCCCCGAACCACAGAGCCUUUUCACGUCAGACACAAUACCAGUGUCUUCCUCCACAGACUGGCAGGCGGCCUUUGGCUUCGGCUCGUCCAGCAAACAGCAGGACGACGACCUGGGCUUCGAUCCGUUCGACGUCACUCGUAAAGCCCUGGCCGACCUGAUCGAGAAGGAGCUGUCGGUGCAGGAUCAGUGCCCCUUGUCCCCGGGGCUCCUCUCCCACAACGCUCACAGUCACGGCCUGCCCCCCAUGAACCCGAACGCCUCGCACCACUUCCCCAGCGGCCUGCCUCGCCUCCCCCAGCUCCACCACAGAGCCAUCUACAGCUCCUUCAGUUUCCCCGGCAGUCACAGCCAGGCCAGCCAGCAGCAGCUGCUAUCCUCCAGACACCCCUGGAUGGGCGUCCCCACACGAAAUAACCUCACACACUUGAACCACUCAGCCAGUGCUGCCUCACACAGUAAUUACCUGGACCUGAAUCUGCCGCCUCAGCACAACACAGGGCUGGGCGGGAUCCCCAUCUCAGAGAACAGUGGCUCUAUAGAAGGCUUAAAUGUGAAAGAGUGGCAGGACGGCCUCAGAGCUCUGCUGCCCAACAUCAACAUCAACUUCGGGGGCCUCCCAAACUCCUCUUCCUCUUCAUCCUCCUCAUCCUCCAACAGUGUUAACCACAUCGGGGGCCCGAUGGGGCCGGCAGGUCUCUCACACAGCCUGAGCUGGGAAAGCCCAGCCAGCUGGAUGGACCCUGCCAUCAUCACAGGUAUCCCGGCGUCAGCGGGGAACAGUAUAGACUGUCUCCAGGACGACAACCCCCCCCACUGGCUCAAGUCUCUGCAGGCUCUCACAGAGAUGGACGGUCCGGCCUGCUCUGCGAUGUCCGCCCCCCCCCAGCCCCUCCACAGCAGCCUCCUGGACGCCCACAUCCCCCUCCACCACAGAGCAGCCAGCAGCUGGGCCUCCCUACAUGCACACCCCAACCCUGCCAGCCAGUUCCAUUCCACCCCACCGGCUUCCAGAACCGCCUUCAGACCCCCCGGACAGCCGGCCACAGAGCUGCUACAGAGUGCCGCUGUGGACCGCCACUGAACACAGACUACACCCCCCCACUUUAUACCCACUCAUCCUGUACCCCUCCCCUCAAUCCAAUACACACCAAUCUGCAGAGUAUGAAAAAUUAUUAACAAAGUAACAAACAUGCUUUCUUCUUUUUCUCUUCCUCAUUCCCUUACGUCGACUCCCAGGCCCAUUUGUUUUUGUUUGUGGCGCACAAGUCAUCGGUCCUCUUUCCAUGCGACCAUCAUCACUCCUUAGACCUAGUUCUGGGCGCCACAUGGCAUUCAUGAUGUAGCUCGCUGCUAACGGAGAGCACAGGAGACAGUUUAGCACCGAGCGCCCAGCGGUGACACCAGAGCUAACACCACAGAGAAACAAAUGAGCUGAAGGGAGGUGUUUUUAAAAAAAAGUAACUAAUGAUUAAGCAUGAACAACAUUUAUGUUUCUGAAAGGUGACGAUUCGUUUUCUCGAGGAAUUAAGCAAGCUGUGAAUCUGCUCUUGAAGCUUUGCCCCAAAGACCCUCAUCCUCCCCACUUUAACUGGGUCAACCCUAACAGCCAAGUUGUGAAUAAGAGGUGAGAGAGAGAGAGCGAGAGAGAGAGAGAAAAAAGGGGUUGGCGCUUCUGAGAGUGUUUUUAAAAGAAAAGCUGAGAUUUGGUUGUUAGAGUGAAUGCAGAUGACAGGGGAGUUGAGGGCACAGGCUAUGCAUGGACUCCCUGUUCGGUGGGGACACAGAAGGCCGGCCUGAGAGGCCACUUGGCCCACUUUCCCUUUAGUGGAGGACUCCCACUGGCCCUGUCCUGCUGCAGGGAGAAUGCUGCUGAACCUCUGUAUCAGAGGAUAGAGCACAGGGCAGCAGGGAGAGGGUGGCACACAUCCUAAACUCUAGGGUUAGACUCUUACUCACAGUGCCACUGUGUGGUGCCUACAGUAGCUACCCCUAACAUGGACAGCCACCACGAAGAGAAGACAAAAUGGAUGAGGAUAUGUCAAAGAUACUAAAGAGGGUAGCAACAGGGUUAGCAGGUCCCUUUGUUGGACCCAUGAGGGCUUAACCGAGGCCUUAAAACAGACAGCUGAGAGAAAGGAGCUUGAGUGAUUGGAGGGCGAGUCUAGCGUCAAGGAUUGCUGAAAAAAAUGCAAUAUUGUAUGACUUCAGCAGCUGUAUGUGAGGGUCCCAAAGGAAGGGGCUGCAAGACAAUUCCAAGUACUGUAGCAGUGAUUUAAAAAGCUCUCAUCCUUUCUAGGAUUUGAGACCGACCUCCGACCACCGCCUAUUUUCUUUUUUGAAUUCUUAAUUCUGAUCUAUGUUCGCUCUGUCUCUUUCUCUCUCUCUUACCCUCCACUCCCACCCCUCCUGCUGUUCCCUAUUUAACAGUAUUUCACAAAAAUGAACAAAAUCAUCCAGGAGAAUCCAACAGUCAUACAGUGGGUUUUAACAUGAUGUUGCACAUUAAAAAAAACAAAAGUGAGGCGCUAAAAGGAAGUGAACUGUCCUCUGCAGGUCUGGAAAAAUGAACCUUAAAUAAAACUGAAAACUCA